UUACACUUGCAAGAAUACAUGUUGGAACUAUUCAAUCAUUUAUGUUUGCCAUGAAGUGGAAGGUGAUUUUCUUCUGUGUAUUAUUUACGCAGACAUCUGCGUCGUUUUUUGAUGAAUUUCGAGGAGUUAUGUCUUCAGUAGAAAGUAGCUUCGGGAAACUCCUAAGCGACGUGGUUGUGGACGUUCGGGAAACUAUCGGAUGCACAAUUCUAGCAGUGAAACAAGUGUUAGCCUUGGGUGGAAUUUUUCAUGAGUCAUCAGAUUAUGAUACAAGAUGUAGAGGAUUUAAUAAUAAAGAUACAUCAACCUAUGUAGAAGCCAAAAAGGAAGACACAAUUAUUUCAUCUUACGUAUCUAAAACUGAUUCAAAUGAAAAAUCUUUGUCGGAACGAGUAUCAAAAGAAAUUGACGAAUCUGUCAGUAACGUACAUAAUAAAAUGUUGGAUCUUAUUGAUAAAAAUGAUGCUCAUAAAAACAUACUUAAAGCUAAGGCCAAUAUUGUCCACGAAAGUGAUAGACUCCCUGAAAUAACAGCUUUGCUCCGUCGCGAACUAAGCACCAUAUCCGAAGAUGUUAAAAGGGAACUAAGAAAAGUAGAAUCGAAUCCUAACCCUACAGUAGACGGCAUUUGGGGCGACAUUAGAAUACUUCAUGAAUUUGAAUUAAAUCACAAAAAUACUCCUCAAGCCACGGAAAUACAUCACAUCUUAAACGAGAUAUUAAGUGUUUUGCGUGGAGACGAAAUGUUAACACCAAAUACAGUAACGCUUGCCGAUAAAGAAUCAGAUGAUGCAUUUGCAGAAAUCGAGAGCCAGUUUGAAAAAAUGGAAGAAAAAGAAGAAAAACCAAUACAACUUGAAAAGGCUGAAGUUAAAAAAGAUAAUAGCGAUAUCAUAAAAAAUCCCAAGGAUUUUCCUUUAACGUUUAAAGGUGUUGCAAAAAAAAUUAUGGAUGAAACUAGCAAGACGUUCAGAUUUGCAGAUGGAUCUUCACAACAAUAUGAGGUGGUUGUUACGACAACUACAGUAAAACCCAGUAGUACGGAGAAGAAUGUGGAAUAUCCUGAAGAAUUACCAGAUUACCAUCAGUUUUUUCAAUUGGCGCCCAAGGACAGUACUGCUCACAAAGAAGCUGUCCAAGAGGCCACUUCAUUAAUCGAAAAAAGCAAACAAAACGAUGCCAUUAUGAAAGACUAUUUCAAAAAGGUAGACAAUGUCGGGACUAGUGUCUUCGAUGACCCUGACUUAUUUGGAUUUGCAUAAAAUAAAUCGUUUUCUGUAGGUUGAGUAGGUUAUAUGUUAUAAAUAUAAUAUAACUUUUUAGACUUAUUUUUCCUAACUUUACAGUCGUAAUUUAUUUUUAGAAUUAUGUGACAAUAUGCCUAGAAAACCAUGACAAUUAGUAAUUAGAUGAUAGUAUUAAAUAAACAAUACCAUUAUUGACUGUUUUUUUUUAUUAUAAAAAUAAUUGCUACCAACAAAUACUAAGU